CCCCCUUUGGUUCGUCAAACAUAUCUCCCUGUCUGUUUUUCAAGCCCGAGAGAGAGAGAGACAGAACAGAAUCAUCUUAAGAAAAAGCGAACAACUUUUAAAAAUGGAUCAGAUCGAAUCUGUGGAGUACAACGGCUUCGAGAUCUCCAACGGCCACGUCGACCACGGCUGGAAGAAAGUCGUCUACCCGAAACGCAACCGCAAGCAGAAACCCGCCGAUCAAACGGCGACUAACGGCGGCAAAAAUGCAGCUAACGGCGAUAACGUGUUCCGUUCGCUGGAGGAGCAAGCCGAGGAUCGGAGGAGACGGAUCCUCGCGGCGAAGAUGGCUGUUUCGGAUUCGGAUGAGGACGAGUCGAGAUCUAAACGCCGAUCCAACGGUUACGGUUUCGACGACAGCGAGGACGAGAUCGCGGCGAGGAAGGAGGCGGAGGAGGAGAAUGUGAAGGCGGCGGAGGAGGCUAAGAAGAAGAAGGCGAAGGCGAAGAAGGAGAAGAAGCCGAAAGUGUCGCUGCCUGAAGCUGCGGCGAAGAUCGAUCCGUCGAAUCUCGAAGCUUUCCUCAUCGAAGCAUCGGAAUCGUAUGCGAGUCAGCCGGAGAUUCAGCUGAUGAGAUUUGCUGAUUACUUUGGGAGAGCGCUCUCCGGAGUCUCUUCUGUGCUGUUUCCAUGGGUUAAGAUGUUCAAGGAGUCUCCUUUGUCCAAACUCAUCGAUGUUCCGUUGUCUCAUGUUCCGGAACCGGUCUACAAAACAUCAGUUGAUUGGAUCAACCAACGUCCUAUUGAAGCUCUUGGAUCUUUUGUGUUGUGGGCGUUUGAUUGUAUUCUCACGGAUUUGGCAGCACAUCAAGUAGGAGGUGCUAAAGGUGGGAAGAAAGGUGCUCAACAGCAUACUUCUUCCAAGUCUCAGGUGGCGAUAUUUGUUGCAUUAGCGAUGGUGUUGCGUAGGAAACCUGAUGCUUUGACUAAUGUAUUGCCUACUCUGAGAGAGAAUCCUAAGUAUCAAGGCCAGGACAAGCUUCCUGUCAUCGUUUGGAUGAUGGCUCAGGCCUCUCAGGGUGAUCUAUCCGUAGGGUUGCUUUCAUGGGCACACAACUUGUUACCUGUAGCUGGUAGUAAGAACUGCAACCCUCAGUCUAGAGAUCUCAUCUUGCAGUUGGUUGAGAAAAUUUUGUCGAAUCCAAAGGCUAGGACCAUACUUGUAAGCAGAGCUGUUAGGAAGGGAGACCGAUUGAUUCCACCUCCUUCAUUUGAGAUCUUGGUCCGGCUUACCUUCCCUGCUUCAUCCGCAAGAGUCAAGGCUACAGAGAGGUUUGAGGCAGUGUAUCCCCUGCUGAAGGAAGUGGCUCUUGCCGGUGCACCAGGAAGCAAGGCGAUGAAGCAAGUCACACAGCAGAUAUUCACUUUUGCUCUGAAAUUAGCUGGAGAAGGAAAUCCUGUUUUAGCCAAGGAAGCUACAGCAAUCGCUAUAUGGGCCUUGACCCAAAACGUUGAUUGCUGCAAGCUCUGGGACAGUCUCUAUAAGGAGAAUCUUGAAGCUAGUGUUGCUCUUCUUAAAAGGCUUGUAGAGGAAUGGAAGGAGUAUUCCCUCAAGCUAUCAUCAUCACCGAGUAAUACUGCUGCUCUCAAUCGAACUAUGAAGAGCUUCAGGCUAAAGAACGAGGAAGCAAUCACUGAAGGAAAAGGCAACGGUUCUCUAUACAAAGAAGCUGACAAGUCCUGCAAAGUGAUUUCAGGGAGACUCUCCCGUGGAAGUGCCUGCCUCAAAGGAACAGCCAUUACUGUUGUGGUUUUAGCAGCUGCCGCAGCAUUUCUGUCUUCCAACCCUGAGGCUACAUCCGAGCUGAAGAGCCUGGUGGACUCAUUGGAGCUGCACCAAUACUAUAACCCAAUCAUUACAGCUUUUAAAAAUUAAGAGAGGAGAGAAACAAAAACAACCUGAGGAUGAUAGCCAGAGGUUAACUCUGAUUGUAGACUGUUUAAAUUUGAGUCAAAAGAUAAUUUUGUUUCUUUUUUGAUCAAAAAGAUAAUUUUGUUUCUUUCCAUC